GUCAGGAGUUGGGCGGAUGACACCGCGAAAGAGCUCACUGCCAAGGAGGCGUUCACCGUACAAGUGAGCCACCGGUGGAUGGAGGAGAGGUGCGUGUUCUUCCGUUCUCAACAUUACUCCAACACAUGACAACGACAAGGAUUGAGUCGGCGGCGCAGAUUAAUUAUUACGUAAGGCACCGGACUACAGUAGGAUGCAGCCCCGUGCUCUCAUAUGAGCUGGAAACUAAUCCUCUAAUGUAGUCAUAGUAGAAUUGUAGGCGAAUGUAUGUCGUUGGAGACUCAUUGAAUAGACUUUAUAACAAGCAAAGGCAAGUUUGUAAGUAUGUUCUACCGAGGGAUUGGAACCCUCGAUGUGUGACGACUGGCAAAGCAACUACUUUCGUCCCGGGCAACAGCUGGCCACUUCCACAACAAGAAUCCAUGAUGUCCAUCGCUCUACUCGAAACCAAGUCAUGUUGGAAUUGUGUAAUUGGGAGCCGUGGUGCCAAUUGCAACCCUUGUAUGUUAUUAGAAACAAAGUCUUAGCCUCAAGCACCAGCUGAUCUGUGAUGGACAUCCACACAUUUUUAAAAAGGGGUAUGAUGUUAUUGCCCUUAAGAGUAUUCUCUCAAAUGCCAUAUUUCGCCACAUAAAAUGCCUUUAAAUAUUAGAGCUAAGCCGGCACAGAACAGGCUAUCUGCUGCCUCAAAGAGCAGCGGGCACACAGAUGGCAAUGCAUCUCAUUCACAGUGUUCAAGGUCCCCAAAACAGGGGAAAGGUAAAAAAACAAAGGUGAGCUCUACCCCAGGUUGCCGCUCAGGGCUAGAACCUGGCUCAGUGUCGGGGGGACUGUCUGCACCAGUAUCAAAAAUACCUGAGGCUCAAGGAUCGGUGUCAAGGGCCAGUCCAAAUAAGUUAGUUGUAGCAACGGAUAAAAGAAAGACCCCUGGUUUAGCAGCCUCGCCGAGGGGUAAAACCAUGUCAAUGGAAAACAUCCAGUCUUUAAAUGCUGCUUAUGGCACUUCAGGCGAAAUGUACCCUAGUGAACGAGAGACUUUGGGAACCCCUGCCAGUUACCCUGUCGGCACCAUGACUGUGGGCAGGAGCAUCAGCCACUCUUCCAACAGAGGCCAAGCAACUUGUACGGGCAGCAGUCCGACUAUUAACUCAACAGAGGUAAAUCACCUGUCUAAUCACUAUGGAGACCAAACCUUUGGACCCGCAAGGACUUCCACUCUACAGAGGCAACUGUCUGGGACCCAUGCACUGACACAGGAUAUAGUUGGUCAUGGAGAGGCCCCUUUUGAUUUACAAGUUCAGCUAAAGGAGCUGCAGAGGGAAAAUAACAACUUGAGAAGAGAACUGGAUGGCGGAAAAAACGGUAGGAUAGGCCACAGUAUUAACAAUGUCAAUUUCUGGUGUCCGGAUGUCAAGCGAGACAAAGGCAUUAGACGGGAACAGGGAGCAAGAACUUCUGCCCUGAAGGACCACUAUAGGAUGGAUCAAAAUGCUAUUCAGCUUCCUUUAACAGUUCAAGAGCUCCAGGAUGAGCUAAGGGCCCACAGGGAGAUGAACAGCCGCUUACAGCAACAGCAUCAGCAAGGGACGUCUGGCUCGUGUCGUGAUAUUCGCAUGGACCAGGACCACAGAGGGGGACUUAGCCCUGGUCACACCCCCAAGAGAAGCCCCAGCAAUCAUCACAGUCCGGGACCAAAGAACAGCCCAAGAGCGAGUCCAUCCAACACAUACAAUCCAAGGCAGAAAGAAGCUGACAUCAUCAUUCACAGCCCUGGGUAUGGCUCUAACAGCCCGAUAGCCACACAAAGAGUCAGCCCAGCUAACACCCUUAAGCCUGGUCCAAUGCACAGCCCAAAUCCAGUGGCAGUACCCAGCCCAAGUAUGGUUCCACACUGCGGCACUUGCCAGGUGCCAGGGUGUGAUGGAUUCAUUUCCUCCCCACAGGAUUCAUCACAAGAGAAUUUCCUCUACCUGCAGUCGGAGCAUGAGCGGCAGGCCAAUGAGCUUUUCUUGCUGAAAAAAACCAUGGAAGAGAUGGAGAUGAGAAUUGAUUCUCAGAAGCAAACGCUGGGUGCUCGAGACGAGAGCAUCCAGAGGCUCCUGGAGAUGCUUCAGAGUCAGGGCCAAGUUCAGAGACAGCGGGGUCGGGGACAGAGAACAAGCAUCUUAGCUAUGGCAGCACAGGAGGCUGAAGCCCAGUUGGAAAACAUGCAUGUGAGAGAGGACACCAAGAUCUCUUCAUUGGAGCGGAAUAUCAGAGACUUAGAAGAUGAAGUCCAGAUGUUAAAGACCAGCAGCCUGCUCCAUCCUGAUGACAGGCAGGAUGAGCUCAAGCAGGUGGAGGUCUACAAGAGCCAUUCUAAAUUCAUGAAGUCCAAGAUAGAACAGCUGAAGCUCGAGCUCAACAAGAAGGAGUCCGAGAUGCAAGCCCUGCAGACCAAAUUGGAAACACUAACCAAUCAGAACUCGGACUGCAAGCAACACAUUGAAGUGCUAAAGGAGUCACUCAAUGCUAAGGAGCAACGUGCAAAUACUCUGCAGACAGAGGUAGAUGCCCUCAGAGUGCGUUUAGAGGAAAAAGAGCAGUUCUUGACGAAAAAGAACAAACAGCUUCAGGACCUGACUGAUGAAAAAAGCACCCUAACGGGCGAAAUCAGGGACAUGAAGGAUAUGUUGGAUGUCAAGGAGAGGAAGGUCAAUGUCCUUCAGAAAAAGAUUGAGAACCUGUUGGAACAGUUAAAGGACAAGGACAAACAGCUUACUGGUUUGAGAGAUCGAGUCCAUGGCUUUCAAACUGACUCCAGCAACACGGACACAGCGCUUGCAACAUUAGAGGAGGCCCUGUCUGAGAAGGAGCGAGUGAUUGAGAACCUUCGAGAACAGAAGGAGCGGGUGGACAGGGUUCAGCUGGAGGAGCUAGAGCGAAUGAGGAAAGAGAACCAGGAAUUAAAGGACAAACUCUCAGCCAUUCAACCUCAGAAACUGGUCCCCAGCCAUCCUGCAAACCCCAGCCCGAACCAAGGCCUCAGGCCCAAUGUAGAGGUUCCGGCCAAAAUCGAUGUACUUCCAGCCAUAAGCGACAGCUCCACAGCCCAUGACACAGAGGACACAUUGCGGAAGUGUCCAGACAUUCCAGAUCGCCUGAGGCUUCUAGAACAGGAAGUGGCUCGCUACAGAGAGGAAUCUGGGAAGUCGCAAGCCGAGGUGGAAAGGCUGAUGGGGGCACUGAAGGACGCUGAGGUGGACCGAUCUUGUAAAGAGAAGAUAAUUAAUGAUCUUGAGAGGCAAAUCAAGACUCCUCAUAUCCAAAAACAAACUGUGCCCGGAGAACUAAGGAAAGAUUCCCAGACAGAUGGACAUCCACACUCUUUAUCGCAGCUUCCUCUCUCAGCCUCCCAGGAUGCCAUGCAGGAGACAGCUGAGCAGAUCAGGCAGUUGGAGAAGGCCCUGAGGGAGAGCAUAAACACUUCUGCUCAAAGAGAGGUUCUGUGGGCUCAAGAGGAGACAAACCGUGUUCAGGAUCAGAGACAGCUGGAGGAGCUAAUGCGGGCCCUGGAGAAGACACGACAGGAGCUGGAUAGCUACAAGUUGCGUUUAUCCUCCACUCAGCAGACUCUGCAUGAACGAGAUGGGCAUCUUACCAGCCUGCGACAGGACCGACGAAAACAGCUGGAGGAGAUUCUGGAGAUGAAGCAGCAGGCUUUGUUGGCAGCCAUCAGUGAGAAGGAUGCUAACAUAGCCCUCCUGGAGCUGUCUUCCUCCAAGCGAAAGAAAGCCCAGGAAGAAGUGAUGGCUCUAAAGCGAGAGAAAGACCGCCUUAUGCACCAACUCAAACAGCAGACUCAGAGCAGAAUGAAAAUGAUGGCUGAUAAUUAUGAGGAAGAUCGCGUUCACCCGCAACAUUAUCCUCACCAUCCUCUCCGCUUACACGCUACAAAUGUUCAUCACCAAAGCCUGCCAAGAGGGCCACCUCAUGCCAACCACAGACCCCCUAUGGACCAGGAUGAUGAGGAGGGGAUAUGGGCAUGAUCUGACAUCACCGUGGGAACCUUCUGUACAAACUGCUUGGACAGCCAGGUAUCAAGAGGUCCAGGAGCUUCAACUACACAUUCGGACCCCCCCCCCCCCCCUUCCCCACUCCUCACUAUUACUGCCAGACGUACGCACAUUUCAGGACCCACCACUUCACGCACUUCUGAUAAGCUCUGAAUGUUCUUCUUGGCUGACAAAUGCCAUGACCCUAACGUGGGCGUGCGUCAGUCGUCAGUGUUGGGCUUCGUUUAAUGUGGUCGACUGCCUUCAUGUCUCUCACCGUUUGAGAAGAGAGGGUGGGGGGGACUGUGGGCGGGAUUCAUUUCUCAGUUUUUGAGUUCCGGAGCUCUUGACUACUAAGUAGCCCAGCCAGAGCCAGUGUAAUACUCCAUAAAAGUCCGCUACACCUGUACUUGUUUAUGACUGCAGUAACGUGUUUAUAUGUGGAGCUAAAUAUCGGAAUUUGUAAACACCGCAGCAUGGACUUCACGCCCUCAAAUCCACCGAGAUCUUCUCAAUGCACCGUGCCAAAGGAGACAUCCUGUUUGCCGAAGCACACUUCAAAUAUUGGACUGGAUUUGAAUCUUGUGUCAUCCAAAGGACUCAAAACAAUAAGCAUAAAAAAACUGUCAUAUGUUUCUCUUUUAUCUUGUUUUUUCAACCUGUUGUGCAUCUGUUAGAAAAAAACUGAAUCUUGUUCCUGUUGUUUUUUUGUUUUUUUUCUUUGCAUUCGUUUCAUAUUCAAGUGCCACUCUUACUGUUUUUAAAGUUUAUUAUGUAAAUCUGAGUGCAACAUAUUUGUAAAGAAGUGACUUGCAAGGUGACAUUUAAAAUACUUCAGACUUCACUAUGAACACUUGGACUUGAGCCUUAUUAUUUGAAAUGACACAAUCUAAUAUGGAGCCAAAACACUGCCCAGAAGAUAAGGUAUUGAAACACAAAAUUACCUUGUAGAAAAAGUUGCAUAGGCACCAAAAUAAAAUAUAAAGAUUGGCAUUGCAAUGUCCAUCCAUCCAUCCAUUUUGUACUGCUUAUUCCCUUUGGGGUCGCGGGGGGCGCCGGUGCCUAUCUCAGCUACAAUCGGGCGGAAGGCGGAUACACCCUGGACAAGUCGCCACCUCAUCGAUGUCUUGAUACAAAAAAAUAUCAACCCAAAAAUGUUAUUUUUCUAUUUGUUGCCAAAACGUGUUUUGGUGCCAAUUACCGUAUUUUUCUGAGUAUAAGUCGCACCUGCCGAAAAUGCGUUAUAAAGAAGGAGAACAACAUAUAUAAGUCACACUGGAGUAUAAGUCGCAUUUUUUGGGGACAUUUAUUUGAUAAAACCCAACACGAAGAAUAGACAUUUGAAGGGCAAUUUGAAAUAAAUAAAGAAUAGUGAACAACAAGCUGAAUAAGUGUACGUUAUAUGACGCAUAAAUAACCAACUGAGAACAUGCCUGGUAUGUUAACCUAACAUAUUAUGGUAAGAGUCAUUCAAAUAACUAUAACAUAUAAAACAUGCUAUACGUUUACCAAACAAUCUGUCACUCCUAAUUGAUAAAUCCCAUGAAAUCUUAUACGUUUAGUCUCUUACGUGAAUGAGCUAAAUAAUAUUAUUUGAUAUUUUACGGUAAUGUCUUAUUAAUUUCACACAUAAGUCGCUCCUGAGUUUAAGUUGCACCCCCGGCCAAACUAUGAAAAAAACUGCGACUUAUAGUUCGAAAAAUACGGUAUACUUUUUCUACAAUGUCUUUUUUUCUGAUACCAAAUCUUCCUGGCAAUGUCGUGGCUCUAUAAUUUACUCACUAAAGCAUAACAUGUCAAUAUGUUGCUGCCAGACAACAGGAACAUCUGACAUCCGUUAGAAUUGGAUCUACAAUGUUAAUUUCCAUUACUGGACUCAACACACUCCUUGAGGUGACGACAAUAUAGUAUGAUGUGUUUUCAUUAAACUCUGUUUUUUUGUUUCGUUCCAUUUGAUCCCAAUAUCCAUUUUUACAGCUCGUAUGUGUUUUGGGGGGCUUCGUCUCACCUCUACCAUGACUGUGAAUGUUUGUGGGGGUCACGGUAUUCACCCUUGACUUCCACAGUCCCUCAGUGUUUUGCAGUGGUCAGCAUGUUUUCUGUUAUUUGAAUAAACCUCGUCUUCGCAGGAA